AUGAGCAAGACGAAUGCGGUGCUGGUUACCGGUGGUGCCGGGUUCAUUGGCUCGCACAUGGUGCUGCGGCUGCUGCAGGAGGGCUACACCGUCUACACCCUUGACAACAUGUACAACGCAGACAGACGCGUUUUUGAUCGCAUCCUCAAGCUCGCGCCCGAGUCUAGCAAGCGUUUGCACGUCCACACCGUCGACAUGCGCGACCCGAGCGGCCUGGCCUGUGUAUUCGCCGCCGCCGAGGCCAUUGGGGAUGACAUUGCUGCCGUUAUUCAUUUUGCUGGCCACAAGGCUGUCGGCGAGUCGAUGGCCAACCCCAUGCUGUACUACACCAACAACAUGGUUGGCUCGGUCAACCUCAUUGAGGCCAUGGUUGAUGCCGGCGUCUCCAAGAUUGUCUUCUCCUCCUCCUGCACCGUCUACGGCCAGCAGGACGAGCUGCCUAUCACUGAGGCCUGCAGUCUUGGCCCGCAGUCUCCCUACGGCCGGACCAAGUACAUGGUCGAGGAGAUGCUGCGCGACGUCGCCGCCGCCCACGACGAGUGGCGCGUCACGUCGCUGCGCUACUUUAACCCGUGCGGCGCGCACGAGUCCGGCGAGCUGGGGGAGGACCCUCAGGGCGCUCCCAUGAACCUGGUUCCUAUCGUCUCGCAGGUCGCGCUCGGCACCCGCGACAAGGUCAUGGUCUUUGGCUCCGACUACAACACCCACGACGGCACCGCUGUCCGUGACUACAUCCACAUUUCCGAUCUCAUCGACGGCCACCUCGCCGCUCUCCGUGAGCUCGACUCGCGCCCAGCUGACGAGCCGCGCGCCAAGGCGUUCAACCUCGGCACCGGCACUCCGGUCUCCGUCCUCGACGUCAUUAACGCCAUGAAGGCCGCCACUGGCAAGGAAAUCGCCUAUGAGCUUGCCGACCGCCGCCCGGGCGAUGUCGAGGCCGCAUAUGCCGAUCCAGCUGCCGCCGCCACCGGCCUCGGCUGGCGGGCCGAAAAGACCAUCGCCGACAUGUGUGCAGACUCCUGGCGGUGGUGGACGUCCAACCCGGCCGGCUACGCCACCGUCAAGGACGAAGCCGCCGCGCCCACGCCUGUCGAUGCUUAGCCUAAGCGAGACCUUUCAAUGAACUUUCCGCAUCACCGCCCA